GACCGCCAGGUGCCCAGCGCCGCCGUGCCUCCAUAAGACACGCGCAGGCAGGCAGGUCUUCCCCCGGUCUCCGCCCGCCUCCUUCCCUCCCGUCUCCUCUUCCCUACUAGGGUUCCCUCCGAUUCGACAAGUGUUGCCCAUCGCGCCGCGGCCUCCAAGGUCCUGCAGUAGCUGCACACUGAAGUGCAUCUUGGACAUGGAGCAACCCUCACAGACUAAGGUGAAUGAAGGUGUGACAAAUGGUGAUACCCCUGCAGCAUAUGCUGCAAUAACAUACCACUCUGUAGCACUUGCAUCUGUAGCCCCAUCAGCCGGUGCUGCCUUUCUUCCAGCCUCCCAGGGUGCUCCAGCCUAUCCAGCCAUUCCACCGCCGCUCUCAGAUCAGCACCAGAUUGCAUUCCAGCAGGUGCAGCAGCUUCAGCAGCAGCAGAAGCAACACCAGCAAGAACAGCUUCAGGCUUUCUGGGCCGACCAGAUGGCCGAGGUCGAGCAGACAACAGAGUUCAAGCUCCACAGCCUUCCCCUCGCGAGGAUCAAGAAGAUCAUGAAGGCUGACGAGGACGUCAAGAUGAUCGCGGGCGAGGCACCGGUGGUCUUCGCCAAGGCCUGCGAGAUGUUCAUCCUGGAGCUGACGCUGAGGGCCUGGCUCCACACCGAGGAGAAUAAGAGGAGGACACUGCAGAGGAACGAUGUCACUGCGGCGAUAACCAGGACCGACAUGUUUGAUUUCCUGGUGGAUAUCGUACCGACGGAGGAGCUGAAGGGGGAUGGCGUGGGGUUGCCGAUGACUGCAGCGAUGCCGACCACAGUACCGUCCUACAUCCCGGGGAUGUCUGUUCCCUUUGGGAUGUAUGCAAACAAGCAGCCUGUCUCGUUUAUGUGGCCGCUACCGGAGCAUCAACAGCAGCAGCAACAGAAUUCUGACGGUGGACGAGAUGGGUAAGAUUGAAUGGUGUCACUAGUUUCCUAGCUUGGAUACUUUGGGGCUUUUCAUUCAGCAAGGCGAACUAGUUACUACUUUAGGCCUUUAAGGUGGUUCGUAUGCAACUUUUUUUGUUUGUAAAAAGAGGUGCCCUUUUGUGCUUUCUUUGCUGCCUCUUGUGAGUGAUAGUAGGGAUAUGAACUCAGUUACCUUCUGAUCUGAGACUUUAUCAGGUUUCAAUACAUAUGAGUUUCUGAAGCCAGCAUUAGUUGUUGGUUAUGAAGCUUGUUAUGUUACCUUAGGUCUUGCAGGAAUAUGCUAUUACCCUGUUUUUGUGAUAUAAUUUCAUUGAUGAAGUUGGCGCUAUAACUGUGAGUCUGUGGGAUAAUAACCGUGUUCUCUUUACUUGAA